AAGAGUGAGAUAGCAGUCACGAACGAAACAGCGUGGUAAGGCCCUUGGUUCUCUACUGUAACACCGCCCCUUGAGGAUGUCAUAAGGAUCAGCCUUCUCGAAGCCGAAAUGGGUUUAGGAGCACAGACAAAGGCAAGGAGGCUGGUAUGACUGAGUGAACAAGAAGGCAGGAGAAACGGUGUUUAGAAGAGGUUUUACGUACGAAACGGCAUUCAAUCAAGUAAUAGAGAGAAGCAAGAACAGACAGAGGUGGAAGAACAGAAGAAGAGACUAAAACAUCACUUAGCUACAGUGCUAAGUCGAAAAAGUAUUUCUGGAGAGCAAGAGGAUAAAAAAGACAUACAGUAUAUUGUUUUCGGAGUAUUAUAAAACAUCCUUGUCUGCACUUUUUGACUGAAGAUCAUGACCGCAGCUGUUGAUAUGAAACCAACGUUAACUAUAAUAAAGUCAGAAAAGAUGGAUGAUCUGGAAUGUGGUGACGUUCCGUUGCUCACCCCUGGGAGUAAAGAGAUGAUGUCUCAGGCUUUAAAAGCCACCUUCAGUGGCUUCACAAAGGAGCAGCAGCGACUUGGGAUACCCAAAGAUCCCAGACAGUGGACGGAGAACCACGUAGCAGAGUGGCUGAUGUGGACAGUGAACGAGUUCAGCCUGAAGAAUGUGGACUUCCACAAGUUCUGCAUGAAUGGUGCCAGUCUCUGUGCGCUGGGAAAGGAUCGUUUUUUGGACCUGGCACCUGACUUUGUGGGAGACAUUCUUUGGGAACAUUUAGAGAUGCUUCAGAAAGAAGAUUCAAAGCAUUUCCCUGUCAACGGUCUGACCUCAACCUUCCAGGAAUCUCGCUAUACCUCAGAUUACUUUGUCAGUUAUGGGAUUGAGAAUGCCCAGUGUGUCCCCCCAUCUGAAUACUCUGAGCCAGGCUUCAUCACAGAGUCCUACCAGACACUGCACCCAAUAAGCUCUGAGGACCUGUUAUCACUGAAGUAUGAGAGUGUAUACCCCAAUGUCAUUCUGCGGGACACGCCUCUCAACCCCCCACAAGGAGACUACUUCUCCAUCAAGCAAGAAGUCAUCUCCCCAGACAACAUGAGUGUGGGCCGCAUCAGCAGAGGGAAGCUGGGGGGCCAGGAUUCCUUCGAGAGCACAGAGAGCUUUGAGAGUUGUGACCGGCUCACGCACUCGUGGAGCAGCCAGUCCUCCUACAGCAGCCUUCAGCGAGUGCCAUCCUAUGAGAGCUUUGACUCCGAGGAAUACCCCAGCGCCUUGAAUGGGCACAAGCCCAAGGGCACCUUCAAAGACUACGUGAGGGAGCGGGCGGACCUCAACAAAGACAAGCCCGUCAUUCCUGCUGCUGCACUUGCUGGUUACACAGGCAGCGGGCCCAUCCAGCUGUGGCAGUUUCUCCUGGAACUCCUGACAGAUAAAUCCUGCCAAGCCUUUAUCAGUUGGACGGGAGACGGCUGGGAGUUCAAGCUCUCUGACCCUGAUGAGGUAGCCCGCAGGUGGGGGAAGAGGAAAAACAAGCCCAAGAUGAACUACGAGAAGCUGAGCAGAGGCCUGCGCUACUACUAUGACAAGAACAUCAUCCACAAGACGUCUGGCAAGCGCUACGUGUACCGCUUUGUCUGUGACUUGAAAAGCCUGCUGGGCUACACCCCCGAGGAGCUGCACGCUAUGCUGGAUGUGAAGCCCGAUACAGACGAGUGAUUGUGCGCACGCCUGCGGGCAAGGCCCUGGAGGAUGUUUUUGUGGCUGGUGCGGCGGGACCAAAGGAGGUCUUUUUAAAGUGUAGCUUCAGUUUGUCUUACUAUUUGUCCCAGAGCGAUUGCACCAAAAGAACGUGCAUCAGCAUUUGCUCAAAUGCCAUCCAGGGCCAAAUGUAUGACGCAUAUGUGACACAUAUUCGAAACAUAUAGACAAGAAACAAAUACAUUCAGAUUGCAGCUCAUCGUAAAUGGAGAACUGUUGGACAGAAAAGACAAACUUUUUUUUUUCAAGUAGCACAUGAAAACUAACAUAGCAGCAGGCUAGGGAAAUAGUGAGGAGUUCCUGGAUCGAUGGUUGGAUAUAUGGAAGAAAGUUGACAGAAAGUUCCUGCUAUAAAAAACUGGGGUUCUCAGUUUGGACCAAAAAAGUACCUGUUUUUUUUUUGUAUUUUUAUUUUGUGCCAGUAUUAUUGUCUUAAAUGUAUAAAAGAAUGAAUUCUGUGUUCCAUCAGGAGUGGAAAAUUAUAUGGCUCCGAAAGUAGAGGUAAUGGGAAAUGUUGUCUUGCUCAAAGCUGCCAUGUCCACAACCAAAACAACAUGCAAAGAAGCACACUGUAUUAAAAAUAAAAAAAAAAUGUAAUAAUGAUUUGCAAAUGUAAGGCAAAGGGUGUCUAGGUACCUCUUAGGGCUACUUGGAAGAGCUUAUAGUGCUCACAGUGUAGAACAUAAAUAGAAAACCUCAAAUACAAAUUGUUCUUUCAGUAGCAAUCCUGACAUUAUAUAUAUGCUUCUGCAUGUUCUUCCAAGUAAUCAAUGUUGUUACCCAGAGGCCCUGCACCUCACAUUGAUAAAUUAUCAUUAUUAUUUUUGUUUACGAUGGAGUACUUUUCACUUAGGUAAUUUAUCCUUUUUGGAAGCAGUUUUUACACUGAAAAAUGAAGAAAGCCAUUAGAAUCAGAAUUUAAACCUUUAUCUCCUUGUGGCUGUUGUGUUAUUGAUAGAGUCACUUGGAGGAGAAUCUGAGUAAAAAUGAAUGCUUCUCAGACCGCAUUGGAGAUAAUGAGCUGGUGUACUCAUUUUCAUAAACGUUAUAAAGACCUUAAAAUACUCAUAUUGAGACUUGUUGAUUCUCAAAACUGAAAGUGACAGUUGCUUUUAAACUGUUGCUGUCACCUUUAACCACAUUUGCUUCACUGCAAGUAAAUGAAUACAGGGACCCAUUGGCAGUUACACAUACUGUCAGCUUUCAGACAACUGCAGUUUGUAUUAAGAACUUUGAGCAUAGGGAGAUAUAUGUUUGUGCCUUAAAACAACUUGCCAGCAACUUUUAUUGCUACACAAAAUACUCAUAUUUAAGGGUAUGUCAGUUAAGGUGACAUCAAAGAUUAUAUUUUGUGCGCCACAACAUUGGUAAUUCUUGUACAUACCUAAGACAAACUUCUGUUGAUGUUGCAGGAUGCUAUGAGCAGAGGAUGAAGAUGUUUUUAACAUGAAAUAUAAUUUAAUUGAGCCAUAUACUGGAGAUUUUGUUACAAUAUAAAGCUUUUAAAAUGUUGGUUGAAUGUACUGUAUUAUAGUUUAUUUGUAGCAGCAAAAAAACCUUGGAAAAGAUGUAACCUUGUGUGCUUACACUGUGUUUAAAUGCAGAACUCCAUUAUGAAGGAGACCAGCCAUUGCAAAGUAAAUGCUUUAUUGGACAAAGAGAUAGGGUAAAUAGCUGAAAAAGAUUAUGGGGGAUGGGGUGGGGGUACUAGGGCUUUCUUUAAGGUUAUGACAAAAGAAUUGGUGAUAAAACCAAAGCAUGGGAUUUGUAUUUCAUUGAUAGAUUAUGGAGGGAGAUGGCUCUUUGUAAAGAUUCAAAGUGCAUCAGCUGUUACAAAGAGGUAUUUGCCUUGAGUGAAGCAGCAAUGGUGAAGGUCAUGUUUGUCUUGAAGGAAAGUAUGUUAACAAAAUGUUUCAUUUCAGUUUUUGUUCUUGGCUAGGAUCUUUGAGAACCACAAAGAAAGGUAGGCUAGGAAUGAGAGGAAAUUUUUUUUGCCACCAAAAUGCUUUUCUAAAAAUAUUUCAACCUUGAAUGCUAUAUAGCCUUCAGGUUUUGUGAAAAAUAUGUUUAAAUAUCAUAGCAGUCAAUGCUAUGAAAUAGUUGUCAGGUAGGGAGAAUAAUUGUUUGUGGCCUUUGCCAGUUUUGUUGAACACCUGCAUGGAAUGAUCCAUUUUUUAAGAAAGUGGCAGUUUUCCAAACCCAGAUCCUGCAUGAAAAGACAAAAUCCUAUUUCAUUUUUAUAAUAUACAAAUGUUUUUGUUUACAUGGCUGAAUGUUACCCAUUUGAUUAUCACAGUUACUGUUGUUUGUUUAUGCAGAUUGUAUUUCAUAUGUUUUAUUAACAGACCUCAGUCAUACAAACUCAGUACUAAAAUAAUAACCAAAGGCCUGUGGAGUAUGAAGACAGGGACCAGAAUUCUUUUGCCUUAAAAGAUGUUAUUAUUCAUUUGGGUUGAUUAUACUUCUUAUAUAGUGCUGAGAUUUUUCCAGUAACAUUCCGUGUGGACACUGAAUUUUUGGAAGGAUAGCAUUCCUUCCAGACUGACACUUAGGUUGGUCUGUAGGCUAAGAGCAAUGGGUUUGGUUCUGACAUCCUCUCCACCCACAGAAGCAAUUGAUACAUGACAAAUGGUCCACGCUGUACUUUAUCAUAAACCUGAGACCAUCCAUCAAGCAGACACAGUCAACAAUUCAGGUCGACAUUUACUCACUCCUUUUUCAGGAUUGUUGUUAUUCCAAAGAAUCUUUAUACAAGCACAUUUACCUGUAUAUAAGAUAUGCUUGUAUGAAUAGAAGCUUUCUGUUGAAGUAAGUUAUACUGCAAGAGAUAAGAAAAUGUUUGACUCCGAAUUAUGGUAUAUACUCUAUGACCUGCCGUGGCAAACAUUUCAUGUAGUGCUUUAUGCUGUUGAAUUUGGACCUUGAGCAAUAGUGAUGCAUGGACCAUGGACCUUACUUUACAUACCACACAAAUGCCUACCACAGAGUAUUCAACAAGGAACACUUUUUUUGUAAUG